UGGGAUCGCUCUUCGUGUUUGCCUCAGUAGAUCAAGAUGGCCGCGAAUAUUUUGUGGAGGGGUUGGAGUUGAAUACACGCCGCAUUCGGAGCAAUUGUGAUGUUGAGCGACCAGAUUCAUUUGUCCGCAUCAGAACAUCUUCAGAAGAUUGCUACCUGACCACCUUUUGGUCUCUUUGUUCAGUUCAGAGCCGCAGAAGAGUGUGAUAUUGCAAACUUUAAGCAAGUCUAAUGAAGCGAGCGGCUGCAAAACAUUUAAUUGAGCGCUACUACCACCAGUUAACAGAGGGCUGUGGAAAUGAGGCCUGCACGAAUGAGGCUUGUGGCUCUUCUCCAGGUUUCCAGCGCAUGGAUAACAAUGCAGCGGCCAUCAAGGCCCUGGAGUUAUAUAAGAAUAAUGCCAAACUGUGUGAUCCUCAUCCCUCUAAGAAAGGAGCCAGUUCAGCCUUCCCAGAGAACAGUGCCAAAGGAGCUCACAAGUUCUCUGCUUGCAGCAACGGGAAGAUGAACCAUAAGGACCUACAACCCACAAGGGAGGACUUUAGAGAUCUGAAUUACUUGACAGAGGAGAAGGUGUAUGAAAUCCUGAGCCUCUGCAGUGAGACCGAGGACUAUUCUCCUCUAAUCCGUGUCAUCGGUAGGGUUUUCUCAAGCGCGGAGAGUCUGGUCCAGAGUUUCCGCAAGGCCAAACAACACACCAAGGAAGAGCUCAAGUCCCUUCAGGCCAAGGAUGAGGACAAAGAUGAAGAUGAGAAAGAAACGGCCUCUGGUUCGUCCACAGCCAUGGAGGUGGAACCCGAAGCCUCUGCGUCAAGUGCAGACGGGCCUUCUCACGGAGAAAACAACGUCCAAAAGUUGGGUCCCAUAGAAGUUUCUGUAGACAUUGAGGCUGUAAGAAGAGUGUACGACAGACUAUUAUCGAAUGAGAAGAUUGAAGCAGCAUUCCUCAAUGCGUUAGUCUACCUGUCGCCCAAUGUAGAGUGUGACCUCACCUAUCACAACGUGUACGCCGCUGACUCUAAUUACCUGAACGUCUUCAUCAUCGUCAUGGAGAACAUUAACCUCCACAGUCCAGAAUACUUAGAAAUCGCCCUGCCGCAAUUCUGCAAGGCAAUGAGCAAGCUACCUCUUCCGGCUCUGGCCAAGCUUGCGCGGUUGUGGUCGCAGUACAGCGCAGACCAGAUCCGACGUCUGGUCGAGACUUUCCAGCAGCUUAUUACCUACACGGUUAUCAGCAACGAGUUCAGCAGCGACAACCUGGUCAAUGAGGAUGAUGGUGUGGUGGCAGCCACCAAGUGCUUGAAAAUCGUCUACUAUGCAAAUGUGCUGGGCGGCGACCUAGACAUGGGUCACAACGAGGAGGAGGAUGAUGAACCGAUCCCGGAGUCCAGUGAGCUGACCCUGCAGGAGCUGCUCGGCGAGGAACGACGCAAUAAGAAAGGCCCUCGGGUGGAUCCGCUGGAGACGGAACUGGGCAUUCGUACCUCGGACUGUCGAAAACCCCUCAUCCCCUUCGAGGAGUUUGUUCUUUAUCAGAGUCUGAAGGACCUGUUGGCGUAUGAAGGUAAUGUGGAAGAAGACAUGAUGAUUACUUUCCAGAUCUCACAAACAGACCUGUUUGGAAACCCACUAAUGUAUGAUUUAAAGGAAGGAGGAGAUAAAAUCCCAGUUACCAAUGAGAACAGAAAGAAAACGAUUAUAUAUAUAUAUAUAUAUAUCUAUGCAGAGUACAUGCUGAACAAAAGUGUGGAGAAACAGUUCAAGGCCUUCAGAAGAGGAUUCCACAUGGUCACUAAUGAAUCUCCGCUGAAAUAUCUGUUUCGACCGGAGGAAAUUGAGCUGCUUAUAUGUGGUAGCAGGAAUCUUGACUUUCAAGCACUUGAAGAGAGUACAGAAUAUGAUGGUGGAUACAACAAAGACUCUUGCAUUAUUAAGGAUUUCUGGGAGACUGUGCACUCAUUCGGGCAGGAGCAGAAGAGGCUGUUUCUUCAAUUCACCACUGGCACAGAUAGAGCUCCAGUUGGAGGUUUAGGCAAACUCAAGAUGAUUAUUGCCAAAAAUGGCCCUGACUCAGACAGGUUACCCACUUCUCAUACUUGCUUCAACGUGCUGCUCCUCCCUGAAUACUCCACCAAGGAGAAACUUAGAGAGAGACUCCUUAAAGCCAUCACUUACGCCAAAGGCUUCGGCAUGCUCUGAGGCACCGGGAUCCACAAAAGAACUCACUCGCCCUCAGAGGUCUCAUUUGUGCGUCAAAGGAGAAUUCAGCUACAUCAACAACUAAAAGUAAAUAUCAAGUUUAAAUGUAAGGCCAGGUGUGAAAUGGGGUAAAAUGGGAAAGUUCUGGUGACCGUGUGCCUGUGCCUAAAUAGUAGAUUAAACCACACUGGACUCUUGGCUCUUUCUGUCCCUCUUAUGUAAGUGUUAAGGUUCCCUUUUUGUAUGCACUGUGAUAUAGCAUUAUUUAUUUUAAGGGAUGGAAUCUCUUGUCAUGUCUGCCAGGAAGUCCCACUCACUUUUUGCUUUCGUAGUCAUAAAAAGGAGAGACGGUUAGAAGUUUUCAACACCUGCAGGACUGAUCACCAUCUAAACUUAAUAAGAUCAAAGGGAGGAAGUGGAAAUUUGAUGUAUUUUGGUUGAACUGUGAAAGUGCACUUAA